GUAGCGCGGCAAAACAAUUCUCUUGCAAAUGGUCAAUAUCUGGCACUUUUUGUGCUAUGGAUAGGAGGGGCACAAAUGAAACUGAGACAUUAUUGUUACAGAAACUUUGUUGUAAAAUAACAGGGCUUUCUGAGGAUGUUAUUUUACCAGUUCUUCAGCAUGCAUUAAGGAUAGUUGGAAGCAAAGUUGAUCCAUUAGUUGAAAGUGAUGAAAUACAGGUUGCAGAAAGAAUUAAAAGGAGAUUGGUCAGAAGAGGAAGGGAAAGUGAUGCUGCUGUAUUCUCUGAUCUUCAUAGAAAACUUCAGUCACAGGGUGUGUUAAGAAAUAGAUGGUCUAUCCUACAUUUAUUAUUGUCAUUAGCCGACAGUGCACCUAAAUUAGACAAUGAAACCAGCAGGAGUGGACUUGGAAGUUCCGUAUUUGGAGUUGGAUUACCCACUCAUGCUACAUCAACACCAUUCAAUCCUGCUCUACGUCACCUGCAGCACCCUACUCCAGGUAGUAGAGAUGUAACCUCACUGCAUUCGAUCACACACUCCUCUGGCAGCAGUGGUAUUAGUAGUAUACGCAGUGAUAUAAACAGUAAUGAUCCAACGCCUAUACCACAGUCAUUUUUACCUGUGACAACUUUCACCCAUGUAGACCCAGACAGAAAUAGUAGAAGUACAGGCAUGAGAUUAGCUUCCACACUUACUGACAGAGGUACAGAAUCAGCAUUAAUGCCAAGAGGUGCUAGAACAGUUAUAGAAUCAGGGAUACCUAUUAACAGGGGAGAUAAUACCUCUUAUGAAUUGCCAGAAUCAGAGUUAAUCAAAGAUAUUGUUUAUACCUUCCAAGGAAUUGAUGGAAAAUGGAUAAAAUUUGAUCCGUCCAAAGAUGCAUACAGAAUAGAUUCACAGGCUGGAAUUCCAAAAGCUGUAAGACAGUUAGUAGGUAAACUAGCAGAAUGUGGUUGGUUGUUUAAAAAGAUAAAAAGUUAUGUGGAGACCAAAACUGUUGAUAAAACAUUUGGUCUUGUUGGACAGAGCUUUUGUGCAUCAUUACAUCAAGAACUUACAGAAUACUACAGAUUGAUAGCUGUAUUAGAAUCACAGCUACACCAAGAAUUGGACCAAGGAAUAGGUCUUGGUUUCACUGGUCUCUCAUUACGACAGCUGUUUGUUUGGACAUUUGAUCCCUUACACAGACUUAAAACUCUAGCAACCGUGGUGGAUGGUUGCAAAGGUAAAAAAGGUGGAGCUUUGUCAUCUUCAGUUUAUUCCUAUAUGUUACAUGGAGAUCCAUUUAUUGCAUCACUCAUUAAACAUAUUUUAACCAUGGUUGCCCAGCCAAUUUACUGUACACUUGUAAGGUGGAUAUAUGAUGGUGAAUUAGAAGAUACUCAUGAUGAGUUCUUUGUAGCCUCUGACCCUACCGUGAAGAAUGACAGACUAUGGCAUGAUAAAUACAGUCUGAGGAAAUCAAUGAUUCCUAACUUUGUAACUACAGACCAAGCCAGAAGGAUCCUGCUGACUGGAAAAUCAAUUAAUUAUCUACGCCAAGUAUGUAAAGACACAGCUCCUAUUAAAGGGAGAGAAAAAAGUAUUGAAAUAGACAGAAAUAAUGCCUAUGUUAUGUUCAUGCAAGAUACAACCACAGAGUUCCAGAAUAUAAUUGAUGAGGCUUACAAAGAUACUAGUCUUCAUCUUCUAGAUGUUUUACAUGAAAAAUAUAAAUUCUUAGAUCACUUGAAGGCAAUGAGAAGAUACCUUCUUCUGGGCCAAGGUGACUUCAUAAGACAUUUAAUGGAUUUAUUAGAAGAAGAUUUAGCUAAGCCAGCAGGUAACUUAUAUCUACACAACUUAACAGGAAUACUAGAGACAGCAAUCAGAGCCACAAAUGCUCAGUUUGAUGAUUCUGAUAUUCUGAAGAGACUUGAUGUUCGCUUGUUGGAGGUAUCCCCAGGAGAUACAGGCUGGGAUGUUUUCAGUUUAGAUUAUCAUGUUGAUGGUCCUAUUAGAACUGUUUUUACUCCAGAAUGCAUCAUCAUGUAUUUACGUGUGUUCAACUUUCUAUGGAGAGCUAAAAGGAUGGAAUAUAUUCUUGCCAUGAUCUGGAAAAACCAAAUAUCAAAUGCUCGUAUGCUCAGAGCCAUACCAGAAUUGACGGGUAUUCUGCAUCAAUGCCAUGUUUUAGCUGCAGAAAUGGUCCAUUUUAUACAACAAGUACAGUAUUAUAUUAAUUUUGAAGUUUUAGAGUGUACUUGGGAUGAACUAUUAACCAAAGUGAAAGAAGCCGAAGAUUUAGAUUACAUUAUAGCAGCUCACCAGAAAUUCUUAGAUACAAUCACUGCCAGAUGUCUAUUGGAUGAACAAUCCAGGGAAAUUCUUACUCAAUUAAGAACAAUAUUUGAUCUAGUAAUUGAGUUCCAAGCUGCACAAGAUAAUUUUUAUUCAGAAGCAACACAAGAAUUAGAUAUUAGGAGACGUUAUGAACACAGACGGGAGCGCAGAUCAAAAGAGGGAGAUUGGGAAGUGACUGAUGAUGAGGAGGAGGAAGAACAAUUAAGACGAAUUAGUUUUCUGAAACAAAUUAUCCCUUCUACGAGAGCAAGGCUAACAGUACUGUCUCAGUCUUACCAGGAUAUGGUGAAGCAGUUCUUAGUGAUGGUGACAACGCACCAGGAUGUUAGUUUACGAUUCCUAAGUUUCCGUCUAGACUUUAAUGAGCAUUACAAAUCAAAGGAACCAAAGCUACAAAGCCCCUUUAUGUAUAGAGGCUUGAGACAUGUCACAUAAUAUUAUAGAUAUUUAUAUAUUUUUAAUACUUAGUGCUGGGUACUGUUCACUUAAGAUUGUAAGAGUUACAUAACUGGUCAUUAUAUACAUGUAUGUAAUUACUGUGUUUAUGCAAAAAGUUGUAUUUCUGCCAUAAUUCCAUCUUGAAUGCAACCAGAUUGUUUAUAUCUUGACUUGUUAAGAAAUUUCAGAUGAAUAAAUAGUUACAUUUACUAUCGUAAUGACAAAUACCUAAUUGUUAGGUACAUAUAUGAUUUGAAUAAUUAUCCUUGGUGAAUAAUUAUCAAUUGAAAGAGUUCCUUCCCAAUGAAAUGCAAUCUGUAUUUCAGAGACGAUAAAAUGUAGCUUUUAGUAUUUAUUUGAGAAAUUUUUAAUAAAAACAAGUCAGAAUCUCUCAAGCGCUGUCUUUCUGACUUUCCACUAAUUAUUUGUAUUUGAGAGUGUCUUACGUUUUGUGCCUUUGAGUUGCCAUUAACAAUUAUGUCUCUUGUCAGAUUUUGAUUGUUUUAUUGUUUAUUUAUGAUAAGAUUUACUUGUUAAGAAUAAGAAGGAUAUAUCAUUUAUGGCCUUUUUCUUUCAUCGAUAUUGAACUUUAUCUUUUUGUGGAGGAUGUUACAGAAUGCCUUUUUUGCUUUUGGUUUAAAUGAUUUUCACAAACCAGUAUUUUUUUCCAGAUCUUUUGAUAAAAAUAACCCUGUUAAAUAUAUGAACAGAAAAUAAAAUAUUCACAAAAAUACAAUGUUUCCAAAGUUCAUGAAAAUUAGUACCCACACAAGAUAAAUGAAUAAACAGUAGUUUUUGUCUUGCCUUGACGGAGUCAAAAAAUGAGACGGGAGGUGUCAACAAUAUAUAAGUUUGUUAUUAGUUCUAGUUUAUGGUGAACCACUAGUGGUAGGUCAAUGAUAGUUGGUAUGCAGUUGUAUAAGCAUUGGCAUAUCUCAUUUCCAUGGAGAUUGUUUGGCCCCACACCCUCAGUCAUGGUCUAUUGACUUUGAAACUUUUGUUUAUUUUACAUGUAUUAGUUUGUGAUUAGCUCAAUUUAAGGGGAGCCAUUAGUGGUAGGUCAAUGAUAAUUGGUAUGCAGUUGUACAAGCAUUUGCACAUUUCAUUUCCAUGAAGAAUAUUAGCUCCUUACGCCUCAGUCAACGUCUAUUGACAUUGAAUCUUUUGCUUAGUUUACAUGUAUUAGUUUGUGAUUCGAUCAGAUUAAGAUUCACUUAAGUCAAUGAUAUUUGUUAUGCAAAUGUAUAGGCAUUUGCAAGUCUCAUUUCCAUGGAGAUUAUAUAGCCCAAACCCCUCAUCAUGGUUCAUUGACUUUGAAACUUUUAAAUAGUUUACAAGUUAAUGUUUGUGUUAAGGUUUGUUUAGAGGGAAUGUAUUAUGAUAAGUCAAUGGUAUUUGGUAUGCAGUUGUAUAAGCAUUGUACAUCUAAUUUCCAUUGACCUUUACAUUCAGUCAUGGUUCAUUGACUUUGACUAUUUGCAUAACUUACAUGUUUAAGUAUUACUAGUUUAAUUUCAACAUUUGCAUUAUCAAAAUAACAAAAAGGCUAGACAUAUCUCUGUAUUAACAGUAUUAUUUAAAAAUUACCAUGAACAUAUAUUCAAACGAAUUUUUCAUUUAUAUUUUACAGUGUUAAAAGAAUGAUAUCAUCUGAAAGUAAAUUUUUAGAACAAAUUGAAAAUCAAACGUAUACUUAUAAUAGCAUUGAAAGAAUAUUGGUAUAAGUUCAUAAAUCUUGUUUAAGAGUAUCCGGUUUCUAAAAUGGUUGUACAUGAGUAAGAUAAACAAUAAGUGGAAUUGGUUGUAUUGUUUCAGAUAUAUGGCAGUGCAUAAGUAGGUGAUUAAUACAAAAUAGCAAAUUGCAGAACUAGAGUUUAAUGUUUUGGAAAUGUAAUAUUAUUGACAUCUUUAUAGAUUUAUAUUUUUGUUAUGUUCCCUGCAACAAAUGAUACUGUUUGGAAUAAAAGCAAUGGAAUACACAAUUUAUAGGAAGCUUUUCAAGGGGCAUAAGAGAGAUGCAAACCAUACCUUGUAAAUUGACAUCUAAUGAUCUGAAGUAUUUGUAAGGUAUAUGACCAUUGAAUUUAAUUUCAUGGUUUCAUAAUGGUAUAAGAUCUGUGUCAAGUUUUCAUAAGGCUUUUAUUUCUCAAAAGUAAUAAUACCUACACCAAUAGGAUUAAGUCAUUAGAUGUUUAACUGGUUGAUCUGUCAGAUAUGUUGCAUUUUACCUCUUCAUUAUAAACUUACAGAUAAUAUUUGCAUCAUUGUAUUUAUGAUUAGACCAGUUACUUAUCUCAUACCAAGAAUAGUUCUUUAAUAUUUUCACUCUAUACGAAUUUACAAGACUAAAUUCACCUUAAAAAAACUUUUCUUUUCUAUCUGAAAUAUUGGAAUACAGAAAAUGUUAAACUAAGUUAGUAUUUUUUUUUAUAUUUGGACAAUUUGUGAGUCAUUGUAGAAAUAACCCAUCAAAUCAUAGAAGAAAUAACCAAUCAAAUCAUAGAAGAAAUAUCCAAUCGAAUCAUAGUAGAAAUAACCCACCAAAUUGUAGUGGAAAUGACCUGCCAAAACUAUAUUGAUUCACAGAUGACUCCAAGAGCACAACAAUAACAUUUUUUCACCCAUAAAUGUAAAUGUAGUAAAACUCAUCAAAUAUACCAGUCUUAUAAUUUUGUACCCCCAACACAUGUUUUGUCUACAAAAGACUCAUCAGUAGACAACAUAACCAGAAGGGAUGAAUAUUAAACUAUUUAUCAUUCUCACAAUAAAUUAUUUGACCUUAAGAACAGAAGAUUUUAUUAUUUUUAAGUAAGUUUAUUUAUACUAUUUAAAAUAUCAGCCAAUAAACAUAGGAACAAAUGAUUGGAUGAAUUUUUACAUAUAUAUUGAAUGUUGAAGACGUUUACUUCAUAAUUCUGAAGAUUGUUAUGAAUAAAAGGAGGCAAGGUGGAACUUUUAUUUUCAGUUAAAUUUUCAAGACUAUAUUUAUGUAUAAAACUAUUCGUAUUUAUUGUCUUUUACAUUUAACCUGCAUUAGUACUAUUCACCUGGUUAAGAAACGUUUUAUGCAGCAUGAACAAUUUAAGUCUUUGACUUAUAGUGUAUUAGGUAUUAUCAAUUUCAUUUUGUGUCAAAAAAAAUACAUUGCAAGAAAUUACCUAAAUUUUGACCUGCAAGCAAAUUAGUUUUUUCAAUUGAUAAGAAAUUAGUCCUUACAUUAAGAACAAUUAUAGUAGCAAUGCUAUACUUUAAUAUGAUCCUUAAUAAGAAAAGUAUAGAUACUGUCAUCUGUACAUCUGUGAUUUUUUUCUGAUUAGACCUCUUGAGAACACUGGUAUCUUAUUGAUUGAAUAUCUUGUUAAGUUUGAAUUUGGUUUUUUUAAAAUCUUGAAUCUCGAUUUUUAAGAUAUGCAAAUUAUUUCCAAAUAAAUGAGAAGUACCAGAUUAAAGGCACAAUUGGAAUAUCUUGCAUGUAUUUCAUCAUUUCAUUCACUAAAGUAUAAUAUAAUUAUGAAUUUUUCCUUCAUUUAGAGUACAAAGUUGUAUAACAAAAUUUAUGCAAGGUAUAGCAAGAACGUUUUAGUGGAAUUGGUACAAGACUGCAGGAGAUUAUCCGAUAUGGUGAAGAUCAUUUUCUGAACUUCAAACUGUGAUGAACUGUUAUAUAAUUAAUUUUGUAGAAUACGUUUUAAUUUUAUUUUGAAUUAAGACAAAUACAUUAAAAAUUGGAUAAU